UGGAGGAGGUGCUGGUACUGGAUAUGCAGGUUUUUGACAACAUGUUCCUUCUGAUCAUUCAAUCAGGAAAUAAAAAUGCAGUUUAUUUUGCAUGAUAUCUUGAGGAUCUUCUGAUUGCGUUAUAGCAUCAGCUUUCAACUCCACCCCUUAUUUCUGCCGUAUCAGUGCCUAUUCUGAUAGUCUCUCUAUCUGUCCAAGUGUCUUUAUAGAGAAGAGUAUCAGAAUUUCCACAGCUCUCCAUUGACUGCACAAACACACAGGGUGGACAUUUUACGCUUUGGCAAAACAAGUAUGCAAACUCAAACUAAGAAAAUUUGUCAAUUGGAAAGUCACCAACUUACUUCAGCCGUUGAAAUUCCCGCCACUGAAGAGACAAAAAAUCUGUUGUCCUGAUGUCAAUAAAGGGGAUGGCCUUUUCUUAAAUGGAUGGAUUCCCCAAUGACAGGGUGGACAACCUUUCAAGGGACAUAUUGUUGAUAAUGGAUAAAGAACAGUUCCCCCCUCCAUAUCCUGGACCGCCAUUGGUCCAUACCAACGUUCCCUACCAGAUGCCGCAGGUUUCCUAUCAAAGCCAACAAAUUCCAGUGGCCACAUACAAUCCACCACCCUCACAGACGACUGUCAUGGCAUCCAGCGUAACACAAACGAUCCAGUCAUCUGGCAUGGCACCAGCUGCCAUGACUUCAUCCACAGUAACUCAAACAGUUCAGUCUUCAAAUAUGCCUGCUGUUGGUCCAAUGGUAGUUUACAACCAGCAGCCCGUCAUGUCCACCGUCAUUCAGACUGUCCAGCCAGCACCUGCCCAGGUCACAGUAGUUAUUCCACCACGUCUGACUGAAGUCCCUGGGCAGAUAAAAUGUCCUUACUGCCAGCAGCAGAUCGUCACAGAGACGACAUACAUCAAUGGGAUGAUGGUGUGGGUCAUCUGUGGAAGUCUUGGCAUUUUAGGGAUCUGGCCGUGUUGUUUGAUUCCCUUCUGUGUGAAAGCCUGCAAGGACGUAGAGCAUUGCUGUCCAAGCUGCAAAAGCCUCGUCUAUGUGUACAGACGCAUGUAGCUUGUUCUUAAGCGAAGAAAAUCUGUAUGACCAAAAGACAAACUUUACUGUCAGCAUCUUUUGGACAUUAUUGGACUUCCUAAUUCAAAGAAAAAUAACACCAUGAUGUGGAUUUCUCUUUCCUUCUUUAUGCAAAGAUAUAUAGAUACUGAUGCAGAUAGAUAGAUAGAUAGAUAGAUAGAUAGAUAGAUAGAUAGAUAGAUAGAUAUAAUAGAGAGCCUAUAGAGAGUUAAUGAUUAGGCUAAUUAAAUCAUAGAAAUGUACACUUAAACUGAAUUAAUUACUGAAAAAAAUAUCAAAACUAUUGAACUAAAAAUAUUAAUAUUUUAUUUGUUUACCUGCAUGUAAAUGUGACCAUUAUCUGACAUCAGAGAACUGUGAACAUGCAAACAUGUUGUUAAAUAAUGAAUAAUGAACAAAUAAAUGUACUCGUUUACUAACGUAACCUUGGUUCCCUGAGGCCUUGUUUCCACCUGUCUACUAAGCAAAGUUAUGUCCAGAAGAUGUCUUUUUUUAAUGUCUUUGUCACAAAAGUCGUAUGUUGAAAAGAUGUCCACUACACUUUUAGAAAGGAUGUGUUAAAUUCUUACACAUCAGUGUGUGUUUAGGGACAACGCUUGUUGUGUUAAUUCUGACACAUUCAUUGAGUCAAUGAUUUUAGCACAGUGAAUGUGUCAGGAAGGUUAACCAGAGGUGUAGUCAAGACCAGACCCUCCAAGACCGAGAUCAUUCAAGAGGGAAGUUAAUGAGAUAAUUAAGUCAUUAAUCCAGCAAUGGUGAUGAACACCUGCUGUUAACAAGCAGAAUCAUUGAAGGAAAGAGGAAAACAACAACAAAUAAAACACCUGUGCUACUUCUGAACAUGAAGAUCAAAAUUGCAAUGGUCUCUUUGUCAAAUCCAGUCAAAAAACAUCACUUACACAUCAGUGCUUGUGUUUUGGGACAACACUUCUGUUAAUUUUGACACAUUCACUGUGUCAAACACAGACAUUCAGAAUGUGUCAAAAAACAUUUGUUAAAAAAGACUCAAAAUGUGUUAAAUUCUUACACAUCAGUGUGUGAGUUUAGGGACAACACUUUUGUUGUGUUCAUUUUG